GUUGUGAAUGUGAUGACGUCGCCCCAGAUGCAUGUGAGCGUGCACGCGGAGGGGGCGGGAGCGCGCCGUGUUGACGGACUGGAGAGGCAACAUGUCCACCGCAGCCGCCGCGCAGCUGAACAACAAUGAAGAACCGGGACUCAACGGGUCCUGGGUGGAGCUGGAGAUGAACGGAAACACUCAGCAGCAGAACCCCAGCUUGCCCUUGCUGCUGGGGAACAGGAACCAAGGCGAGUCCCAGGCUUCACAGGCCCUGGAGGCCGUGCAGGAGGAAGAGGAGGUCCUGACAGGAGGACUGGAGCAUGUGCCUUCCUCCUCCUCUAUCCAUAACGGAGACAUGGAGAAAAUCCUACUGGACGCCCAGCACGAGUCCAGCCCCAGCAGCUCGUCCUGCAACAGCCCACCACGACCACAUAGUCCUGACCAGGAUGAGGGACAGAUCACGUUUGAUGUGGAGAUGCCCAGCGAGAGAGACUGUCAGUCAGAAGAUGAUAGUUUGGAGAAGGACAAAGAAGAUGAUAUCCUCAUGGAUAAAGGGGACAGUUGGGUGGCAGACUGGUCCAGUCGACCGGAGAACAUUCCCCCGAAGGAAUUCCACUUCCGCCACCCAAAGCGUUCUGGAUCUGUGUCUUUGAGCAUGAGAAAGACAGGUGCUAUGAAGAAAGGUGGCGUGUUCUCCGCCGAGUUCCUCAAAGUGUUUAUGCCCUCGCUGCUGCUCACCCACAUCCUGGCUCUGGGACUGGGGGUCUACAUUGGGAAGAGGUUGACUACACCCUCCACCAGCUCAUUUUAAACCUGAACAGACCCCACAGUGGCCAAUCGUGUGAUUAUUCCUCUCUCUCUCUUUCUCUCAUUCUCUCCCCCUCUCUGACUUUCUCUUUAUCAUUUCUUUAACUCACUGCCCUGGUUUCCCAUCACACCCUCUGCUGGGAGACAUUCUGCUUGUUGACCUUUGGCUGUGUCACAUUUUCUUGCCCUCUAACGCUGUGGCUUACUGACAUGUUUUAGAUGUUUUUAUUUGGAAAUGUAGUGAAUUAUUCACUGACAUUUAUUUUUCAUGACACGCUACUAUACAAGUUAGAGCCCCACUACAACCAUGACCAUAAUGCGCUUUUAUUUCUGCAUGAUGCACUUGAUAUGAAACUAAUAUAGAGUCUGGAUGUGGCCAGAGAUAUCUUGGGAGUAUAUUGACUCUUAAUAGGAAAUUUAGGAGGGUUGCAAUAUUUUAUUCUAGAGAGAUGAUUUUGCUCAUUAUGUUGCGCAAUUUAAUUUAUUCUGUUCCCUUUUUGUGUCACAGCAUCAAAAAUGCAUGUUAGUCAUUUACUUUUAUAGGAGAACGAUUACCGUUUAAUGACAGACCAAGUCAUUCUUUACAUAUGUCGCUGCAUUGCUUUAGACUGUUACUACAAUUAUUUAAAGACUUAUUUUGCAUAGAAUGUAAAUCUUAGAGGUCCCACUCGGUUCUGUUAUAGGCCCUUUUCUGUUUGCUCUUCACUUCUGUAAAGAUCUAAUAUGACAGGCUAGAACCGAAGCAUCGCUUUAUAGCAGCUUUAUAGUAUAAAAAUAUACAAGUAAAUCACAAAUUUACAUGAACAAUACAUGUUUUUCUAAUCGAAAGACCUUAAGCUAAAGAGAUCAGGAUGGACGUACAUCUGUUUAAGAGCCAAACUGGUCAAGUUAGUUAUUUUUUGAGUUAUUAAGGAAGCUACACACACAUACACACACACACACACUCUGGUUUGCCUUGCUGCAUAUUCUGCUCGCAGUAUUUUCUGACUGUGUAUCUUCGUGCCAAAGUGUUUCCACCACCAUCCCAACAUGAUUUGUCUGCACCUAUCAUAGACUCAGUCUGGUUGGAGUGGGUUAUUGAUCCUGUCAUUCACUCCGUUUUGACAACACCUUACAAAGCCUUCGGUUUUACUGUGAACACUCUGUGGAUAUUAGGCAAAGUGUUGCUAUAGUAGUGUAUUAUACACUGUUGUAUGUACUUUUGUCAAAGCAACAGAUCCACACUCAGUGUACAUAUUUAUAUGCAAUAUGGUGUAGUUUUAAAGAUUAAAAAAAAAACAUUUAGAAGACUUUAUUUGUUACGAACAUGCCCAGGUCAUAUUUCAUUCCAUUUGAUUGAUUUCAUUUUCAUUUACAAAGAAUUAAGCCAGGUUUUAAAAGCAUUAAAAGCAUUUUUUUUUACAUUUGAUUUAUGGGUAAAAGAUAACCAGGUCAUUUUCUUGUCAAGUUUUAUCAUUCACCCUCACAGUAUCUAGUAACACUUUUACAUAGCAAAGUGUUUCGUACAAAAAAACAGUACAGUUAAAUAGUACAGCAAGAGUUUUGUAACCCAAAUCAGUUAACAGGUCACCCUUUGCAUUAAGGCCUUCUGUGUCAUUGUGCCACACUUUACUUGACUCUGUUUUCAUGCUUUCUUUCUUUCUCAGAGGGGAGUGGAAAUACAAGAGGCCAAUUUAGUGUCACUUCAACCGUGCCUCGACUUUUGUUUGCACCUUUUCUUAGCCCCAUUGCAUGCGUGUGUUCAGAGAUUUCACAUCAGGACAUGACAGAAGUGAAGUUUUCUUCUGCGUGGGGUGAAAUGAGAACUGUGAAUGGAAUAGCUAUAGCUCAUGUCAGAUAUGAUAAACUAGCCCUGUCCGGUCUAUUUCGGGUAGGAUGACCAUAUAAUGUCUUGUUUUACGCACAUUAUUUCUCUGUUAUAUCUCUCUUUUGUUUUUUGUUUUGUUUUUUAGUUUUUGCUUUAAUCAUGAGUGUAGAUACUGGAGGGCGGGGCCCUUGUGAUUGACAGCUCCACCAUGUGUUUCGUUUGCAUUCCCAUAGCAACUGGAGUGAUGAAGCAAUGAACAUGUAGUUUCUUGCAUUUCGCUGGUAUUGGAGAAAAAGUGAACUGAUAUUAAAAUAUAACCUGACAUUCA